AGGGACGACUCGCGCGCGACUUGGCUCCUCACACUCGCUCGCCGCGCAACAUGUGAAGGACUCGCUCGCUCCUGGAGAUCCUUGUCUCGUCCUCCGCCAGGUGCCGUCGGGGCCUUCCGCCGGAGUGCGGCCUCUUACGCGGUGUCCGGUUCUCGUCCUUCCGGAUUUUGCGUCAAAAUCCUGGAAAAGGAAAAGGCGGGAGCAGAGCGCCGGACUGGAAGCUGGUCAGAACUCCUCUUGCGUCUGAAUUCGCACGUGCCAAAGGGAGGGAAGGGAGUGAGGAAAAGGAAAGGGGAUAAGGACGCAACUUUCCAUGUGCCAAAAUAUACGACCUUAACCCACAUUCGAGGCCGACCCGCGACAGGUGUUCGCAGCACGUGUCUCAUUAGGGCAGCAGGUGUGAACUCUCAAGGCGCGGUCAACUGUCUCUCUGCCCCGUGUGAAGAGAGCCUCCCUCUGGGGCUGUGAUGCGAUGUGACGUGCUCGAGCGCCCCGCCGACCCGCCCCCACCAUGGAAAUCGGCCGCAGCUUCGACAGCGCUUUUCCCCGAGACCUGACUCUCGCGGGCGAAUAAGGGAGAACGAGGAAGGCAACAGAGAGCGUAUGACCAAGAAGGGGAAGAUGGCGGGGCCGAGGAAGAACGACGAGAAGAAGGAGGAAGGCGAGGAGAGGAAGUCAUCGGAGAACCUCAUGGUGGUGGUGCGCAUCCGGCCGCUGAAGACCGAGGAGAAGACCAAGGGCUGGUACAGGAUCACGCAGGCCAUCGACUCCAAGAUGGUAAUGCUGCAGGAGCCGGAGACGGGUAAGAACGACCAUCUGCGCCAGAAGAGGGCCAAGGACAAGCCCUUCGUCUACGAUAGACUGUUCAACGAGGAGUCCGCGCAGAAAGAGGUGUACGAGGAGACGGCGAAGGCGCUGGUGGAGGACGUGCUCAAUGGCUUCAACGCCACGGUCUUCGCGUACGGCGCGACGGGCGCCGGCAAGACGCACACCAUGGUGGGCGCCCCCGACCAGCCGGGCAUCAUGGUGCGCGCCCUCAACGACCUCUUCCACGCCCUCGAGACCUCGCACGCCCACGCCAACAUGCAGAUCUCGAUGUCGUACCUGGAGAUCUACAACGAGAACAUCCGGGACCUGCUGCAGCCGGGCGGGACGCUGGAGCUGCGGGAGGACGCCAAGACGGGCGUCAUCCAGGUGGCCGGCCUCAAGGAGGUGUCCACGCUCAACACCAAGGAGGUGAUGCGUCUCCUGACGAAGGGCAACAAAGAGAGGACCUGCGAACCCACUGCGGCCAACAAGACCUCCUCCCGCAGUCAUGCCCUCCUCCAGGUGAACGUGCGUCAGUCGGAGAAGAAGGGCAACCACGAGGAGGUCAAGAACGCGCGCCUCUUCAUGGUUGACCUGGCGGGGUCGGAGCGGGCCAAGCAGACGCAGAACAAGGGCAAGCGGCUGCUGGAGGGCGCGCACAUCAACCGCUCGCUGCUCGCCCUCGGGAACUGCAUCAACGCCCUGGCCGAGGGCAGGGCCAAGUACGUCAACUACAGGGACUCCAAGCUCACCAGGCUCCUGAAGGACGCGCUCUCAGGGAACUGCCGCACGGUCAUGAUCGCGCACGUGUCGCCGUGCCACGUGCACCGCGAGGAGACGCGGAACACGCUCAUCUACGCCGACAGAGCCAAGAACAUUUCCAAGCAGGUGCGCCGCAACGUGCUGGACGUGUCGUACCACGUGUCGCAGUACCAGAACAUCAUCAGCGAGCUCCGGGAGGAGAUCGACCGGCUGAAGGGCAAGCUGGAGGCCGGGCAGGACGAGGGCGCGGCCAACGGCGGCGUCCCCCUCAGCCAAGAGGCCAAGGAGGAGCAGGAGAAGAACGCCGAGCGCCUCAAGAAGAUCAAGAACGACCUGCUCGACCUCUUCCGGGAGCAGAUGUCCCUCCGGAACAAGCUGAUGGACAUCGACAACAACAUCCUGGCCCUGUCGAUGGAGUUCGAGCGCCAGAACAUGGUGGUGACGGAGUGGGAGAGCGAGCGCGCGCGCCGCCUCAAGGGCCGCCAGGAGCCCACGCAGGGGCCCAACGGCGAGGAGAUUAUCGACAUGGACACCGACAAGGAGAAAGACGAAGACAGCGACGACGACGAGCCCGAGGAGGUGACGCAGGCCUGGGAGGACCUCAUGUACCUGCAGAAGGAGCAGCAGCGGUACACGGAGAUGCGGGAGAAAGUGGAGCAGGAGAUGAACGAGGUGAAGAAGCGAGCCAAAGAGAUGGAGGAGGCCUUACCCGAGACGAUCACGACGGACGAGCAGCGGGAGCUGAUUUCGCUGCUGUGCAAGGUGCACGAGCUGGAGAUCCAGAAGGUGGAGAUGCAGAGCGAGGCGCUGCUGAAGGAGCACGAGCUGCGGCGCCGCGACCUGCUCAUCAUGCGCUACGACCGCCAGAGGAACCUCUGCGACGAGAUCAUCACCAGGCAGCGCCAGGUCAUCGAAGCCAUGAACGAAGGCGGGGCAGAGCUGAGUACAGGGAUGCCUCCCGAGCUGCAGGAGCUGUACGCCCUCUACCAGAUGGAGACGCAGUACGCCAACAGCGAGCGCGACGUCAAGUACCUCAAUGAUGUCAACAACCUGCUCAGGUGCCCCUCUACCUUGUCUUUGAGGGCCGCGUCCUUCGAGAAGCUUCCGCCGAUCUUCAACAACAAUAACAAGGAGCCCGAGAAGCUGUUCGACCGGCCGGCGCGACGCCACAGUCUGGGCGACGUGCGGCGCCCCGAGAGCGUGCUCAGCCUGCGCAGCCCCACCAGCUCGGCAGGGUCGACCCGGAACAGCCUGCCGCCCCUCGACCUGCGGCGGCCGUCCGGCACCGCCCGCUCGCACCUCUCCACCGGCCGCCGCCCCUCAGACCCGCCCACGAGGAUGCCGUCACGCCCACAGAGCUCCAGGUCGCAGGGCGUCCCAGCUCUGCCGCCCACGCACGCCGGCCGCGCCUCGCACUCCGUCCCCGGCACGCCCACUUCCAAGGGCACCGCCGACCGCCUGCCCCCGAUCCGGGCCGCCCACUAGUUGCCAGCAGAGGCACGGGGGGCGGGCGGGGGCGCCCGUGUACAUAGACGAACGCAGACGUGGAAGUCCGGGCGGCCUUCCUGAGACA